AUGACGAAUGGCGAACAAAGCAAUGGCUCGACACCUCCCGGUGGACAAGUGUCGAGGACCCGGCUGGCACGUCUCGUGUCUCGCGAGGCUCUGCCUGAGCUGACUCGAGGUGGUGCGAAGAGCCCUCACUAUGUAAGCGGAUGCGAGGACAACGAUGCAUCGCAAGACAAUGAACGUAGUGGAUCUCCCAUGCGAUGUGUCUCUGAGUUUGAUGCCGUCGCGGCAUCUGGCAAGCCAACUGGAACUCACGAUGGUUCAGCAUGCGUGGCGCCAACACAGCCGAAUCCGUUGCGCAAUGCUCGAUUGCGAUCUACCCAUGUUAGAGCUCUCCGGUUGGAAGCGGAGCUUCAACCUAUGCGCAUGAUACUUGGACGACUGAUGAUGCACCCAACCAACAGAAAGGGUCUUUUCAACGCUCCUGUCAAUGCCAUUGCUCUAGGUCUCAUUGAUUAUCAUCAAAUCAUCAAGCGUCCAAUGGAUCUUGGUACUAUCAAGUCCAUGUUAUACUCUAUCGCAUACCAGUCACGCCAGCAAGUUGCUGAUGAUAUCCGUUUGGUGUUUGAGAAUGCCAUGUUGUACAACCCGCCGCGGAAUCUCGUUCACGUGGCGGCCAAGUCUCUGCUGGAUUUCUUUGAAGAGCUCUAUGCAGCUGUGGGCGGCGACAAGCGGACCCCCACCGCUGUUGCUGCGCGGCGCGUGUCCUUUGCUCAGCAGCAAGUCUGUCUACCAAGUGAACCUGUUCGCGUCGGCCUCACAAGAACCGUUUCUACUGCCAGCACCAACAGCGAGCCCGACACUGCGUUGACGACACCGUCGGACCCGGACAAUACUAGUGCCGCUGGUGGUGUCGCCGUUACUGAUGGCGUGACAGAUGGUUCGGGGAGUGUUUCUCCACCGAGCUGUCGAGUCCAAACCGGAGCCUUUGUGGCUCAUGGUGCGGGAGGAAGUCCCAAUUCCACGACACGGGCCAGAACCCCACCGGUUGCUUUACUGGCUCCAUUGGAACUCAAGAAUCAGCGAAAGCGCCGAUUGAGUUUUGCUGGCAAAAAAAUUCACGGCCACAGCUGCCGAUCUUGUCUCGGUCGUACGUGCAUGCUUUGCGAACAGAACUGCCUUGCGUUGGAGCCAACGUUGCUUGUAUGCAAUGGAAGCAACUGUGCUGGGUCAAGGAUUCGGAAAGGAGCGACCUACUUCAUCGCCAGCGACGGCAGCCGCCAGUACUGCCAACGAUGCUUUGCCAGUCUCCCUCCAGUCCUGGCUCAGACUGCGGCCGAAGAUGAUACUGUUCGCUACAAGCGUGACUUGCUGAAGCGUAAGAAUGAUGAGGAGCUCGUGGAAGAUUGGUUGACUUGCAAUAAGUGCGAGAUGGGUGUCCAUCGCAUUUGCGCUCUCCACAACAGUUGCGCAGAUUCGUCCAAAGAGUAUUCCUGCCCAUCUUGCGCCGCGCCACCUGCCAACGUCAAUACGCAGGCGACUGCUGCUGCGUCCUCGGGAGCAGUAACCUCUUCUGAAUCUGACGUGUACACCUUUGUCACUGGCGCUGGUUGCCCAUUGCGGAUGUCCGAUGUUGCCGACCCGUCAUUUUGCCUGCGACAAGAUCUCCUGGCUGCGGAUUCGUUGCUGAAAACAGAUAUGUCUACUUUCGUCGAGGCGAAGGUUCGAGAUCGGUUGAGGAUGAGCUGUGAUCUACCUAACGUGGACAAGACAGUGACGAUCCGUGUCAUUUCCGACUGCGAUCGUUCCUUUGUGGUUCCAGAUGUCGUGCGGAAGCACUUUAGAAUGCCCACUGCGGACGAUAGAGGUGAUGAGGAUGUGUUGUCGCCACCAAACAAGGUCACGUACAAGUCAAAAGCUAUUGCCCUCUUCCAAAAGCAUGAUGGUCUCGAUGUAUGCAUCUUCUGCAUGUACGUGCAAGAAUAUGACGGUGAUGACGACUAUGACGAAGAAGAGCCACAUGUCAAAGCUGGACUUGUGAAAUCGAAACGCGUCUACAUUGCGUAUCUGGACAGCGUAGAGCACUUCAGACCACGGGCUAUGCGAACCAAUGUCUAUCACGAAGUGCUGAUUGCUUACUUGGCGUCAGCCCGCAUGAGGGGCUUCGAAACUGCCCACAUUUGGGCGUGCCCACCGUCCCGCGGCAACUCCUUUGUGUUCUGGAACCAUCCAGCUUCCCAGCGGACUCCGACGAAGGACCGCUUAAUCGCCUGGUACCAUGGAGCAUUGAGCAGAGCGUUGGAUUGUGGCGUGCUAACCGACGUACAGAGUUUGUACGAGAGUGAGUUCCAUGAAACCCUCAAGGCGGCAGACAAAGAAAACGAAGACGACGGCGUCCCUCUGCACCCCAGCGGUCGAAUGGUCUGCCCUCCUCUUCUGGAAGGAGACUACUGGAUGGAGGAAGCUGUUCGAAUUCACGCUGCAAGCCUUGCUCGACACCUAAAAGCACGUUCAGCGCACGAGGACAAGCCGGCAGAAUGCUUGCCUCCAGCCGAGGGCGUCUGCGACCCCUGCCCCGCCAGACAGAUUGGUUCCAUUCUCCUUGAUCGACUGAUGGCGCACAAAUCUUGUGCUCCUUUCCGGAAACCAGUCAAUGCCGCGGCUCUGAAACUGAAGGACUACCACAAGAUUGUAAAAAAGCCCAUGGAUCUCGGCACCAUUUACACUCGGUGCAUCCAUGGAGAAUAUGCCUGCCUGGGUGAUCUUGUGGAGGACGUGAAGCUUGUGUUUUCCAACGCCAAGAGUUUCAACCCUGCCGGCCAUUUUGUUCACCAAAUGGCGGAGGAAAUGGAAUGCUUCUUUUUCAAAGAGUUGGAAACGGUUGUCAAGACUUGGGACCUUACUGCCGAGGAAAGCAGCGUGAAGAGCUGGCGAGAGUUCUCCAUGAUGAGUUUGAGCUUGGAUGUAAAGGUCGAACGCGCUCAAACAGUUUCCAGUUCGUCGCCCGCGAACGGCGAGACGGGAAGCCAGCAACUUGGCCAAGGUCAGCCGAUUGGUUCGAACGUUCCCGCCUCGUCGACCGUCGUUUCUACCACCACAAGUCAACCUCCGGUAUCACCGAAGAUUGCACCAAUCUGUCCGGUUGAAAAACUCCUGACUGGCGGCCCCGAUGCCCUCUCACAGAGAAUGGCCGGAGAAGACGGUUCAAUGCCUGAAAAGAAGCAUCCUUCGCCUGGAAAGCGGCCAAGCGUUUCCAAGAAGGGUGGGACCAAACGCCGCCGAAGUUCUGUUUCGGUUGCCCCUGUCGAAGAGGAGCCCAUCUCGAAGCGCCGCCGACAAACUUGGCUUGGAGAGGAAGUCGGAUCAUCAGUUCGUUCUAUGCGGACCAGCUUCUUUGCGUGUUCACUGGUGCCGACCAAAUCGGCUUCUCGAAAAGUCCAAGAAAAGUCCAGCGUCUUUUCCGCAUACACAGAGGGCUUCAACUUUUCCGAGGAUUCAAACAUCACAAUGUCGAGCGUUGCGGAUGCUCGUGCCGGGCUACUUGAUUUUUCUCAGCGACGAAAUCUUGAGUUCUCGACCUUGCGCCACGCCAAGUACAGUACGGCAGUGCUUCUCUACUAUCUGCACCACCCGGAUGCCCCAGGCGUGGUUCCAGUUUGCACCUCCUGCAAUGAAGUGACGACCGAUUGCCGCUGGCACAAAGUGGUCAAAGUUGAAGAACUGAACAAAGGACCCGCCAAGAAGAAGAAGCGACCGUCCAAGGUGGUCGUCAGUGCUAGUUGCGAUGAUUCUGGAAAAGAUGAAUCAGGUGGUGAGACAAAGAUGAUGGCAGACAACGCCGAGAAGAAGAAUGUUGCGGAAGAACUCUGCAAUUCUUGCCACUCAAAACAUUCGCAACAAGACCAGUUCAUUCCUCUACAGGUUUCAAUUAUUGCGGUCAACUAG